GUGGAGGAGGCGUGGGCCAGAGGCAGAGCCAGCAGAGAGCUGGGGGAGGGAGUUCUAUGCCCAGGGCAGGCUGCAAGUCUGCUGGCUCCUGGUCAAAGGGCACUGGGGGCCCAGAGCCAGGCCAGAUCAGCCUUGUGGUCUUCAUAGGCCUCCUGUUCACGAGAUUCUGGUUCUUCAGUGUCCUGUACUCAAUCUGGUGGUACCUGGACCGAGAUAAGCCACGGCAGGGGGGCAGGUGCAGCAAGGCCUUACAGAGCUGGGUCAUGUGGAAACACAUGAGGGACUAUUUCCCCAUCUCGCUGGUCAAGACCGCUGAGCUGGACCCCUCCCGGAACUACCUUGCUGGCUUCCACCCCCAAGGGAUCAUGGCCCCUGGAGCCUUUGUCAACCUGUGCACGGAGAGCACCGGCUUCUCUUCGCUCUUCCCCGGCAUCCGCCCUCAUCUGAUUAUGCUGCCCUUUUGGUUCCGGGUCCCCUUCUUCAGGGAGUACCUCAUGAUGGGGGGGCUGGUCACAUCGGACAAGGAGAGCAUUGCUCAUAUUCUGAACCGGAAGGGCGGUGGCAACCCGGCGGCUAUCAUUAUAGGAGGCGCCCAGGAGGCACUGAAUGCCAGGCCUGGAGCCUACACCCUAUUGCUGCGGAAGCGCAAGGGCUUCAUCAAGCUCGCCCUGCUGCACGGGGCUGCUCUGGUGCCGAUGUUCUCCUUUGGGGAGAAUGACCUAUUUGACCAGGUUGAGAACUCACCCGGCUCCUGGUUGCGCUGGAUCCAGGACAAGCUGCAGAAGACGACGAGUUUCUCCUUCCCACUCUUCCACAGCCGUGGCAUCUUCCAGUACAGCUUCGGUUUUAUUCCCUACCGCCAGCCCAUCACCACCGUAGUGGGGAAGCCCAUUGCAGUGCAGAAGACCCUGAACCCCUCGCAGGAGGAGGUGGACCAGCUGCACCAGCGCUACAUCAAGGAACUAUGCGACCUCUUCGAAGCCCACAAGCUCAAGUACAACGUCCCCAUCGACCAACACUUGGAUUUCUGCUGAGCGCCUCCCCAGAGGACAGGCUGGCGUUAGGGAGCCCCGUGGGCAGUGCCGUGAUCUGAGAAGGCUUCCUGGAGGUGUCUGUUGAGCAUAUCUCCAGUCCUUCCCAGACUCCUGCAAAGCCAACGCAUGCCAGGCCCCAAGUCACGGCUGGCAACGUGGCCGAGGAGACCAGACUCCAGCGCCGGCGCCUUGCAGCCCUGCUGGGAAACCUCUGACAGGGCCUGUCUCCUCGGUCUGCUCAUCUGUGAAAUGGGAGAGAGGGCUGCAAGAGAAUGGUUUCUGAGGUCUCUGUCCUCUGUUGUAAUGGCACUCAAUGGGCAGGAAAAAAAGAGCAGCAACCAAUUACCAGAUUUUUCUUCCUCUACCUUGAGUGACAGCAUGGGAGCAGCCAGCAGCUCCAGCCCUUUCUCCUACAAGUGCCCUCAUCGUGCGCCCUGGAGACCCAGCUCCUCCCUGCCUGAGCUGGAGAGGAGGGCGCGGCCACGGAGGCCCUGUAGUCACCCUAGGCAGCUUUGAGUUUCUGGGUCCUCUGGGCUCUGGAGUGGCAGCCAGAGGGGCCUGGAAGGUGGGGAAGCGGAAAUGCACUCUGUCACUGGCUGUAGGACCGUGAGCGGGGCCUCUUGGCCCUCCCUCUGCAGCUCAGUUUCCCCAACAAAGAUGACCUCUGAGUCUCGGCUCUGACAUCUCAGGCCGAGAGCUCAGGAGGGCACCUCUUACUCGUCAUUUGUAACUUCAGCCCCUGACCCUGGCACAGAAAGGGGGCUCCAUAAAUGUCAGUUCAAUAAAUGAAAGGAUUCUA